AUGGAAGUGGCUGUUGAGCUUGAAGAUGAUCUGUUUUUUGCAGACUUAAGCAAGAGGAUCUCUCUGCUAAUCAUGGAUGAUGAUGGUGGUGUUGGUGAUGAAGAGCCGGUUUCAGGAUGUCCUUCAGUUUCUUUCCAAACAUUCUGUGGAGCAAAUUAUCCCAUAACACAAUCUCAGUAUCUCCAAGAGCAAAUAUGCAGGAGAGAAAGCAAAGGCACUGGAUUUUUUAUCCCAAAGGCACCACAUCCAAGAAGGAAGCAUAGGCAAGGCAAAUACAGUUCAUUCAACAGAAAGUCUAACAGGCAGGAUGAUAACACUACAAAAAUGGCUUCUCAAACAUGUUUUAACCAUUCUUUUUACCCAGGCAAAAGCUAA